AUGGCGAGAAACAAGAAAGGACCUCCAGCGCCCCGUGGCGCAAAGAACGACAGAGGCGGACGAGGAGCUCGUGGGGGGAGAGGAUCCUUUCGUGGUCGUGGGAGUUAUUUUUCAACAUCGCCACAAGUCAAUUUUAUUCGAGACGAAACUGUUGGAUUUACACUCGCCGACGAAGCCCGCCAGACCUCCCAACAUGAUCACUCCGCAUGGGGAAACUCUAGCCUGCGGUCGCGACCAGUAACAUUCGUAAGCGCUGGCCCUAGUGAACCACUGAAGUUGCUUGAUGAGAUUAUGGAUGGAGCGAACGACGAGUCGGGAAUCGUGGGGGUAAAUGAAGAAACACAGGACGAUGAACCAUACAUGAACCAGGAGGACCUCAAAGAAAGUGACGAGGAUGGAAUUAUAGGACCGGAUGACCUUGAGGAAGCCAUCCAAGGAAGGACUACCUUGAAAGAUGACACACCAGAUGCGCCGUGUUUCUUCUUCGAUCUGAAAGGAGAUCAGACACAAGAGAACCAGGCCAAACUGACGGUUCAGAUACCUGAACGACCCUCUUCAAGAAGCAGCACCUCCAGUGACGAGGUCAUACUUUUCAAGGGCCGAGGCGCCCUAAGAAAGCCCGAACACAUGUCUAAUAUCGACAUGGUGCAGAUGCAAACAGAAAUUCGUGUCGUCGAACAAGCUAUCACCAACGAGCCUGCACGAUCGGAGCCAUCCCUAGUACCCGAGCUACCUACGGAACGAGUGCGAAAUAGUAAAUCGACAAAGAACGAAAAGAAGCAGAAGCAGCGUGACAAGCGCAAAGAGAUCGAUCGCGUGAAGGCAGAAGAGGAUGCUAUCUUUGCAGACUAUAUUGCAAACUUGAAAGAAAACAGCGAUGUGGAUGAGUAUUUCAAAGAACUUGUACAGGGUGAAAUAGAUUCUGAUGCUAGUGAACUGUCCGACACCAACUGUCAGCAGCAAGCCUCCACCACACAUGCGUACGCCACAGACGGAGAUCAAUCAGAUGAAGAGCUGGAGCACAAAUCCGACGCCAACGAUGGAGAUGACCCUCCAAGUGAGAUCGAUGACGAGACGCUGGCGCAGUUGAUUGCUGGCCACGGGUUAGGCUAUGACUUGGGGAUGGAGGACGUCAAUUUUGGAGACUCUCUUAGUGAUUCAGACUCCGACGGUGAAGAGCCCGCCAGGAAGCCAACACAGCGGCAAAUGUUCGUCGAUGACUUCGACAUGAUGGAUUGGGAUCGACCAAGCCUGCGUUCCCGUAAGGGCAAAGGCGCAAGAGCUCAGAUCAACUUCAAUCUAUCCGAUUCUGAGUUAGAAGCAACACUCCAGACGAACUGGAAGAACGACAGGCUUAAGAAAUCGGAGCGUAAGAGACAGAGAGAGGAGAUGCGCGCACUUGGCAUGCUGGGAAAGAAAACGAACCCUGAUGAUCUACGCAUCAAAUACCCAGAUGGAAUGAAUAUGGACCAAGUUGGAGAUGAGAUGCGGUCAUUCAUGAUCAGUGGUGAUGAACAGCUCACCUUGCCCCCAAUGGAUAACCAUGCCCGCAAAAUAAUACACGACCUGGCGAAUAAGUUCAAGAUUAAAUCCAAAUCGAUAGGAAAAGGUGAUCAACGACGACCUACACUAUAUCGAACAGGACGUACGCUUCCGUAUGUCGAAGCAACGUUUAACCACGCCUUUAAUCGUGUGAAUCGGAAAUAUCUCCCUCGACUUGACAAGGGUAGGAAAGGCAAACGACUACCUCCCGUUCGCAGCGGUGCUUCUGUCGCAGCUGCCACAUAUCAAGAUGGCGAGGUCGUUGGCGGUUCGGCGCCUGAACUGGGCAUUGAGAAUCGUGGAAGAGCCAUGUUGGAGAAGAUGGGAUGGAGUAUGGGAACGGCAUUAGGCGCGUCGGACAACAAAGGAAUCAUGCAACCUGUUACGCAGACUAUGAAGCGAACCAAGGCUGGUCUGGGUUAG